AUGAAGUUCAGACCUCCUAUGUCAGCUUGGCAUAGAACUUCUAUUCGACUGAAUACUAGCCCAUUUAUGUAUUGUCCAAACAACUUGAGUAAACCAUUAUCUCGUGCAUCGCAAAUGGCAGAAAGAGUCAAUACACAAUUAGAACAACAACAACAACAACAACAACAAGGAUCAGCCAAUAUCAAUCAAAGACGUUAUUUCAGUUAUUAUUAUUAUCAAUUUCCAAAGAUCCCAAGACCAAAACGUAACAUGUUAUACUAUUCAACAUGGACAAGUGGCCCAAAUGUAAAUGGAAACGGUGGUAAGUCAAAUAAGAGACACUUGUUACCAUUCGGUAAUUUGAGAAUUUCUAAAAGACUGUUUUCUAAUGCCAACCAGAAAUUAAAAUCCAAGUUUAAGAACUUGCGCAUGGGGAUAUUUUCCAGACGUACCAAUAGACCCUAUAUCAAGAAAGAGCGUCGUCGUUUUAUAAAAUGGUGGACUAUCACUUCUUUAACUGUUGUGUUGGGUGGUGUUUAUUCCAAAAUGAAAUAUGAAAGAGGUGAUCAUGAAGAAAAUCCAUACAAAAUCAGACCACAAUCGUGGCAUUUGUAUGCUUAUUCCACAUUGCCAUUGAAGACAAUUUCCAGAUUAUGGGGUCAAGUCAAUUCCAUAAAUUUACCAGUUUGGAUAAGAAGUCCAUCGUAUAGGGUGUAUUCUGCGAUUUUCGGUGUUAAUUUGGACGAAAUGCAAAAUCCGGAUUUGAAGAGUUAUAAUAACUUGUCAGAAUUCUUCUACAGAGAGAUAAAACCAGAAACACGACCAAUUGCUGAUGGUGAUUUGGUUUCUCCUGCAGAUGGUAAAGUCUUGAAGUUUGGUAUUGUUCAAAAUGGUGAAAUUGAACAAGUUAAAGGUAUGACCUACUCCAUCGAUGCCUUAUUGGGGUUGAGUACUGAGAAAUUGGCCGCUCCUACCCAUUCAUUGCACUUUGAUCAUGAUAGUGAUGAUGAAACCAUUGUUCGUAGGGACGAAGAAUUUGCCAAAAUCAACGGGAUCUCAUAUUCUAUGGAUGAUAUCGUUGGAGGAAACUCAAAAUCCACCUACCAUAUGAACGAAUUGAACUAUGAAGAUGAACAUGAUGGUACUGCUGCUGGAGAGAGAGCUUCCUUCUCUAAGGAAAUGCGUGUUGCUGAAGAGCUUGCUCCAAAUCCAGCUGAAUAUAUCCGUCAAAAGAACUUAUACUUUGCUGUCAUUUAUUUAGCGCCAGGUGAUUAUCAUCAUUUCCAUUCUCCAACUAGCUGGGUCACUACUUUGAGACGUCAUUUCAUUGGUGAAUUAUUUUCAGUUGCUCCAUUUUUCCAAAAGACCUUACAAGGUUUGUUUGUGUUAAAUGAAAGAGUUGCCUUGUUGGGAUAUUGGAAAUAUGGUUUCUUUUCUAUGAUUCCAGUCGGUGCUACCAAUGUUGGUAGUAUUGUCGUUAAUUUUGAUAAGGAUUUGAAAACAAACGAUAUUUAUGAACACGAGAUAUAUUCUUCGGCUACUUCUGCAACGAAAGUUGAUGAAAAUACACCAUUGUUGGAAGAAAGAGACUAUUCAGCCAGUGAUGUUUUGACAAUAACUAAUAGUGAAUAUGAGGAUAAGAAACGUAAGAAAUUACGGAAAAAUACCGUUUAUGAAGCAACAUAUACAAAUGCAAGUAGGUUAUUAGGAGGAUACCCAUUGUCCAAAGGUCAAGAUGUUGGAGGUUUCAAAUUGGGUUCGACUGUUGUUUUAAUUUUUGAGGCUCCCGACAACUUUAAAUUUGAUUUAGAGAUAGGUCAAAAGGUGAAAGUUGGUCAAUCAUUAGGUGGAUUUGUAUAG